UCGCAGUCGGUCAUUUUUCAAUAGUGUUUAGAAUAUGUUGAUAUCUGGUGACACCGACUGUCUAAUUAGAUUCUUUCAAUAAAAGACUCUUGUCUAAUUAACUAUCUGGUAAAUAGAUAGGUUCGCAUUGAAUCAGGUAAUUAGCAGGCCAGAAUGACAGGAUAGUAAUUAACGAAGAUGUGAUUAGAUUGUGUUUCGGCCGGCGCCUGUAUCGCUGAAGAUGCGGAUAUUAGUCUCGAGGAAGUGGCAGUGCGAAGGACCAAAGUGAAUGCUUUGCUGAAAAAGGUCAUAUUCUGUUUAUUGCAAGGAAAAGUCUGCGUAGCGGUCGAGUUGGCGCUAAGAAGACCGGGACCCUCUCUUUUUAUUCAAGUUAAGAACAAGCCAAUACUCAUGUUUAGGCUUGAACCAUGGAGGAAGGAGCAGCUCAAUAACGGUGAGAAAGUUUUCACCAUAUAAAGGAAUUGCGACUGUAGGAAAAGAGCUUGGGACAUUCAGUGGAUUCAUUAAUUUUCCUGGAAGACAAUGGACAAAACAGGACUCCUGUUUGUGUAUUCUUUAAUUGUGUUGUAGUUCAUGGUGGUCUGUUGACUUCAGUCAUUUUCAGGCUAAUCAAAGACUUAGAAUCCUCCUGUUGGUAGACUCCCAGGGCAGGUCCAUUGGGCCAUCCUAAUUGAAUCUGUACCUUGCGACAGGACGAGGCCGGUCCACUGCGUACGGUGUGUAAGUUAUUGGUAGAGUGUAUAUCAUCUUGUAGAGGUUCGUAACCAGUUUCACCCAAGUCUCCAUUCUACGGCACCAUGCUCAAACGAAAACGCUCUAACAGUAUCACCGCCCUGUCGGUAAAGACGGCCAUGACAGGAUCGGAAGCGAGCACUGCAGUACCCUUGACUUGCUGUGAGCUGAUCAAAGGGGAUCCCAUCACCGUCCGAGGCAAACGGAUCCAAAAAGCAAAGGUAGUGUUCUUUACCCUGAUCCCCCUACUAUUUCUAGUCGGGCAAAACUUCGCAUCCCUAGUCACCAAUAACACUAUUCGAAUACACGCGGAGGAUAUCAAAGAGGCUGUCCUCCUUUGCACGGAGGCCGGUAAUAUUAUGCAUUACUUACAACUCGAGCGGGGCACCACAGCAAUGUAUUUAGGAUCUGGACGCAGCGACAAAGAGUUAAAAAAUCUCCGCGCGUCUUAUCUGAAAACAGACGCCGCCAUUAAUAACCUUACAAGAUGGCUGAUCAUUGACCUAGAUUCAACGAAGCCGUACAUGGAAGAGAAGGGAACGUUACAAGUCCAUAUCUACAGACACAGGUUGGAAGUAAGGAGAUCAACUACCACCACAGUGAAGGAGGAGAUCCUGUUUUAUUCUGAGAUCAUUCAGGAGAUGACAGCGUGGAUUGCUGAUAGCGUCCAGAAAGCCGACAAGGGGACGCUCUGGAAGACUUUGGUUGCAUAUCAAAUGCUGACUUUGAGCAAGGAGCAGGCGGGCAUCGAGAGAGCACUCGGGGCCAUGUUCUACGCUUCGGGAGGAUUCACAGAGCACGAGGUUUAUCUUUGGUACAUGGAGAAAUAUUUCUAUGGCAAGACCUACCUUGCGAGAUGUUUACAAUAUUCUCCGACCUGCAAAAAUGGCUACAAAGAUUUCAAAAACUCGUCACUAGAGAGAAGACUUAUGGAGAUGAGAGCGGAAAUAUUUAUCAACAAUGUAACAAGCCAAUCAGACGUCAGAGCUCUUUGGUUCAGCGACAUAACAAAGUAUAUUAACAUUUUGAAGGAUAUUGAACACACGAUAUCUGACGAGAUCUUCCGGGCAUUAGACCUUGACGUCACGAAUUCAAUGUAUGAAAUGAUGAUGAGCAUCACAAUUCUAAUCGUUGUCGUCGUCAUCGCGCCUAUCUCGAUUCUCAUAGUCUUUAACAUUUUGUCCGAUAUCCAAUACUUUGCCUCGUUUCUGAAGAUGAAAUCGACAGAACUAGAAUCGGAGAAGGCCCAGACGACCAAACUUUUAAACCAGAUGCUCCCAAAAUUCGUGGUGGAGAAGUUAAAGAGGAAACAGAUCGUACAACCGGAGAAGUUUGAUGGCGUGUCCGUGUUGUUUUCGGACAUUACUGGUUUUGCAGACUUUGCCUUGGAAUGCGAUCCUCUGCAGAUCGUGGAAAUUCUCAACUCGCUCUAUCGAGUUUUCGACGAGACAAUAGACAGAUACAGUUUCGUGUUCAAGGCUCAGAUAGUCGGCGAUUCGUACAUUGCAUGCGCGGGCUGCCCAAUCCGCUACGAGGGACACGCAAAGGAGAUAGCAACAUUGGCGCUGGACCUGAUGGUCGCCAUGAAGUCUUCGUCUAAUCCUUACAAGGGUAUCAUAGAUGCAGAAGAGGACAACCUGAAACUUAGAAUAGCAGUACAUUCAGGUUCCUGUGUGGCUGGUGUAGUUGGUUUUACUAUGCCCCGCUACUGUCUGUUUGGUGAUGUCAUCAAUACAACGCCGUUUCUGCUAAGAACAGGACUUGCGAACAAAAUUCACAUUAGUCGGCCAGCGUAUGUCCUGCUAAAACAUACAAAUGCAUUUGAAUUGGAGGAGAGGGGAGUGACGGAAAUCUCGGGCAAAGGCAAGAUUCUCACCUACUGGCUAAAGGGCAACAAGGUUCCGGUGAAGAUUUAGGCAACCCAGCAAAAGGGAGGACGGCUCCCG